CUACAACAUUAACUCACAGCAGCAGGCUCAAUCCUUGCAGCAUUUCGACGAUGUGUGCUGCAUUGAGGUUCGGGUGAAUUCAGUUUUUCCCUGUGGUCGUUAUUGAAGCAUUGGUAUCGAGUUAUCAGUGCCGUAGGAUUAAUCGUUCGUCAUUUCGACGAUAACGCCUCCGCUAGGUCAAUAUCAUUUGCUGCGGAUUUUUUCGGUUUGUAGUAAGAAAGUUCGCCAGAUCCGUUCGUGCGCUACGAACAGAUAACGGUGCGCCAUUUACCACCUGCCUGCCCUUUCGUUACACGAAUUACCGCGCAAGGGCGGGUACUUAAUUCACAGCGGUGGGGUGUACAUUUUUUGUAGUUCGCGUAUCGAUCCGAGGUGCCGACCUAGUCAGUCAGUCAGAAGAAUCCGUUCGCUGCGAUACGGAACACGAUCGGGUCCGGUGAAUCCAUCCGUCCGCAUACACGAUGGCUUUAGGUAACGCCCUGCACCUGCUGACUGCUGCAAUGUUUCUCGCUACCGUCGGUUUUGCAACGUCCUCCAACGAGAACAGCAAGUUUCUAGUGAAUAGCAGAAUGGAAGUUAACGUUAAGUCCUUACUGAGUGAAAUUUGUGGCACCAAUUCAUCCUUGCUCAGUAUCGGUGUGAAGUCGCUCAGUAACGAGUACAGCGAUCGUACGUUUGAGAACCUGUGUGGCAAUGAAACAACCGAAGUGUUACUAUGGAUACCGGUAGGAAACUUCGGCAAUCUUGCCGAGGUAGGAUCUUCUAGUCGUUACCUAGGUAAAGGUGCUGGUGACGAAGAUUUUGCCGACUACUGCAGUUAUGACGUAAUGACUAAAUCGUGCACUACUGAUAGCGGCGUUGUGGAAGGAUCAAUUCUGCUGCUGGCCGAGAAGUUUCCGGAACGAUACGAACUGCGUGAUUUAGUGUAUAAAAAAUGGAGGAAUUCUACCCAUCUCGGUACACCGAUUUUGGCCUAUGCCACAUUAAAAAACCGAGAACCAACAUACAAGUAUGUCGAUCAGGAUAUUUCUUAUCUAGCGGACACACGUAUCGAGUACGUACUACCAGCGACCGUGACGCACGGUAUGUCGCUGUCAGUGUUCCGUGGUAAAACGGAGACCUACAAGCUAGUCGCCGGUGAGACUUAUUACGGCAGAAAUUUUAAGACUAUUAAUGCCAUUCGUUACAUGAGCCCUUACUCCACUAUAAACAUUACCGUCGUUGGAUCCGAAGGACGUGACUAUCGCGAAUUCCGGGCCAAACUAGUCACCGUGUACACUGAUGAGGAGGGUUACGGUUGGUCAAAAUCUUUAUCGUCGAUUGAAGCUGCGGUUAUUGAAACCAAGCUUACAGAGACACACGUGGAAUAUGCACUGCCUGUCAAUUUGUACGACUCCCAGCCACCUGUGUUACCACCAGUACUGCCCAUCGCUAACGAAGGUAAUGCCAUGGUGGACAAAGGACAGCCUCCAGUGAAGGCUAUCGUGGCGAAGCCAGAAAACAUUCACAUUCAUAUCAGCGAAUUGGACUUUGGGCAGGCGUAUCCUGGAUUCCGCAAUAUAGCCAUUGGUGCAGCAGUUUUAUUCUUCUCCGUCCUUGGAAUAGCGAUCAUCGAUAUCAUUAGGCGCGUUAUCGCAAACCGUCGCGCGAAACGAUUGCAUCUUGGCAAGUACAGUCGAACGUAACGCUUUUUUUUCAUUCGCACGGUUCGGUUACAAAUCGUCGCACAUCAAUCAUCGUCGAGAGUUAAGAUUAUGUUAAAAACUUUGUAGUGCGUUACGCGUUUUAUUAGCACAUUCUUUGCAGCAUUCACAAGUAUUAGUAAGUAGUUUACCAAAACAUUUCUGUGACUCGCCGAGUGUAUUUAACGUUGAAAUAAAACAUUAAAAUUAUUUAA